GCGGCGGAGCAGGCGAUGAAGAAGAAGCAGCAGCCGCAGCCGCAGCAGCAGCAUCCCGGCGGCGGCGGCGCGGAUCCCUGGCCCCAUGGGGCCCCUCUGGGGGGCGCCCCCCCGGGCCUGGGCAGCUGGAAGCGCCGGGUCCCCCUGCUACCUUUCCUGCGCUUCUCCCUCCGGGACUACGGCUUCUGCAUGGCCACGCUGCUGGUCUUCUGCCUGGGCUCCCUCUUCUACCAGCUCAGCGGGGGACCCCCAAGGUUCCUGCUCGACCUGCGGCAGUAUUUGGGAAAUUCCACUUAUUUGGAUGACCAUGGACCACCUCCUAGUAGGGUGCUGCCAUUCCCGAGCCAGGUGGUGUACAACAGAGUAGGCAAGUGCGGGAGCCGCACUGUGGUCCUGCUUCUGCGAAUCUUGUCAGAGAAGCAUGGGUUCAACCUGGUCACGUCAGACAUCCACAACAAAACCAGGCUCACUAAAAAUGAACAGAUGGAACUGAUUAAAAAUAUAAGUACUGCCGAACAACCCUAUUUAUUCACUCGACACGUUCAUUUCCUCAACUUCUCAAGGUUUGGAGGAGACCAGCCCGUCUACAUCAACAUCAUCCGAGACCCCGUCAGCCGGUUUUUAUCCAACUAUUUUUUCCGUCGCUUUGGAGACUGGAGAGGAGAACAGAAUCACAUGAUCCGAACCCCCAGCAUGAGGCAGGAGGAGCGCUACCUGGAUAUCAACGAGUGUAUUCUUGAAAACUAUCCGGAAUGUUCCAACCCCAGGUUAUUUUACAUCAUCCCAUACUUCUGUGGACAGCAUCCCAGGUGCAGGGAGCCUGGCGAGUGGGCCCUUGAACGCGCGAAGCUGAACGUGAAUGAAAACUUCCUGCUCGUGGGGAUCCUCGAAGAGUUGGAAGAUGUGCUGCUUUUACUGGAAAGAUUUUUACCUCAUUACUUCAAGGGCGUGCUCAGCAUCUACAAAGACCCAGAACAUAGGAAACUUGGCAACAUGACUGUGACCGUGAAGAAGACCGUCCCCUCUCCCGAGGCUGUGCAGAUCCUGUACCAGCGAAUGAGAUACGAGUACGAGUUCUACCAUUACAUCAAAGAGCAGUUCCACCUGCUGAAGCGCAAGUUUGGACUCAAGUCUCACGUCAGCAAGCCCGCUCUGAGACCACAGUUUUUUAUCCCAUCUCCACUGGAAACCGAGGAGCCGAUUGAUGAUGAGGAGCAAGACGAUGAGAAGUGGCUAGAAGAUAUUUAUAAGAGGUGACGCCAGCACCGGGUGGCCUCCGUGGUUGCAUCUCCCUAUUCCAGAAGGUCUUUUGUUAGGGGAAGAAAAGUCCUUGGGACUAAAUUACUGCUCAGCUGCACUUCACAGAGCAGAUCAUUCCCACUUGUGGGGCUCAUUGGGAGAUGCCCGGUUUUGCGGGUUUCAUUUGUUUAAUUUUAUUCUGUGUUUUUCCCUUGGUUCCUUGAAUAUUUCCUGGGUACAUUAGAAGGCUCUGUCACAGGCAUCUUGUCAUUGAAUAGCUUCCAGCCCUACCCCAAUAUGAUGUGAGAAGGGGAAAAAAUACAGCUCACAGUCCAGGGCCCUAAAACUUAGCGUUUGUAAAACGACUUGGAAAAAUAUUCCCUCGGUGGUGGGAUGCACCCAGCCUUGUAUAUUUCAGCAGAACCACAAAACCACUCCAGAGACCAGGGAGUCUAUUCUAGAAGGAUCUAAGAGGAGAAGGUAAGACAGAUAAGGACACCAAGAGGGGGGAUAUCUCUGGUUAAGUGGUUGCCCAGCCUGGGUGGAACUAGAGAGAGUGCCUAUUUCAGAGGACAUUCUCAGCAAGAGCAGUGUUCUUGUCUCAACAAGAGCCAGGGCUUGUGCUGCGUCCCCGACCGAUCAAGGUCAAAGUCAGUGCAUGGCAAGCCCCACUGAGACCUUCCAUUUGCAAGCACCAUUCUGACAGGCAUCAAAAUAGCACAGCAGGGAAAAGCAUUUAUUUGCUGUGCGAGGAAGAAAGUAGGCAAGACCGAUAAACUCUGGGGGCAUGUGGCUUCAGGAAAGGGGUGUGGUCUUGACCUUUGUGCUCAAUCCAAAACAUCUUCCUCCCCAACAUUGCUUUAAGUGGGAGUUCGGGAACCAGUUUAGCUCUGGCAUUUGACACCUGCGGCAGAAGUCUGAUGAGCCAGCACCAACGGUGCACAAACCAUCAGUGCCACUCCUGGCCAGUACUGGCACUGGGGACUAUAGUACCUGCUAGUCCCCUACGAGGCACCUGCUUCCCGUAAACAGCAGUCCUGAGUUCUGUGCAACCCAGCAAAACCGCAGUCCCUCUGUAUGCAAACUGCCCACUCCCAGGAACCCUGAGCAGGGCCAUCAAAGAGGAAAGGCAAAAGUAAGAGACCGAAGCCGCCCCUGGUGCAAGCCAAGUAGCAGUUGGGCAGUUCCAAUGCCCCAAAAUAUCUCGUCUCCACCUGUCAAUGAUGCCUUGAUCCAAUCAUCAGAAACCUAUUUGUUUGCAUUCUGAAAGAUUUUUACCUUAAAAACAAAAUCCUGAAAACAAAUGUUCUCCUUAGCAGCCGGCUGAGGGGCUGUGGUGCCGUGGCGGCAGCAGGAGAGUCACUGGCAACCAAUUUUGUCUACUCCGUGGUUUCCCCCUAGAAGCAGCCCUUCUAGGGCACUGGCGGAGUUGAGUUGGGGCACCCCGUAGUAAAGAAGACGUCGGCUUUACACAAACCACGCAGGUGCCACUUUCCAGAUACCAGUAAGUCUCUCUAGGAUCUUUCCUUCUUUUGCUAAAAUGGGACUGUAGUCAAGAUAGAAGGCAAGACCUUUGGAACCGGUCGAAUGUGUGCUAGAGCUCCUUUGUCACGAGAUGCGUUAGGAAGGCUGCAGCCCCCGGGAGUCCCAGGAAGGCUGGGACCACAGGGACACAAGGUCCAGCGCCUGGGCCCUUGUGGGCCUCCUUGCUGCCUCAGCAGCCUGGGGUGGGGAAGUGAGCAGGGGAAAGGUUCUUAGAGGAGCAAAGUCCUUUGUCCCGUUCACGGAGACCAGGGCCCUAUCCUUAGGCAUCCUUUGAAAGACAACCUGGAGAACGGCUGUCACCUUUGAAGCAAAUGCAAGAACUGCUGCCUGGUACCUUGUGAGUCGUUCCCAGGAAACGUCACCUACAGCGUGAGGAUUCGUUGAGUCGCUUGCGGUCUCACCGGUUGAAACUAACGCGGAGUUGGCCAAGCGUUCUCCGCUGCUGUCAGGACAUCGGGACGGUCGGUCCUUCUGAAACGCCUUCCCCUGUUGCAGGUCCAGCCACGCCCUUUCUCCUGUGUGUUCAGAGCUGUUUUUCAUCAGCAGCGACCGACGCCUCCCCACAGCAGAAGAUGGCUCAGUGACUGACUUGUGGGGACGUCGGUUGAUCUGUCCCAGCAAGCAGCCUCGAGGUCCUGAGAGGCGAGGCACCUCAUCUGCUUCUGUGGGACACGUGACAGCAUUGCUUUGGCCCUGAGCCCAAUCCAGUUUGUACUUCAUGAAAUAUAUUGUACAUUUUACAUAGUUUAAUUUAAAAAAAAAUGCAUUGUAAGCUAGUUGAUCUCUGACCGCCUUAUUUAUUAUAACCUUUCAGCACAUUCCAAGGUUUUAGUUACUCAGGAAGGAGUUAAUUAAAAUGAUUUUAUUUUGGUCUGAUGGAUGUUUUUGAAAAGGAAAAUUAUUAUUAGGAGCCCUCAGCCUACUUUUCCUUGAGUGCUGUAAAAGUGCUUGUAAACCCCCCCCCCCUUUUUUUUAAGAGAAAAAAUGGUGUUUGACAUUGAUGGAAAUUCAAAAAUAUAUAUGGAACUGAAACAUUUGCUUAGCUAAAAUAAAAACAGUCUGUGUUU